GGCCCCAGGUUAGGAAAAUGGUUAGGCUUAGACACAACGCUACAGUUGUCAACAACCAUUAUCCCCGGCAAACAAGCCACAGACCAAUGGCGAGCAUCAAUGGGUGUCAAACUUGAUAACAAGAAACGCCUAUAUCAGAAAACGCCCCCAAUUGCGGUCUGCCAACGCAACAUCGAAAUCCCUAGGUAAAAUCGCGAGGAUAGGUCGCGGACUGGAGAAAGUCCACAUGGAAAAAUGGUGGCUAGUCGAGUAGGGUUUGCAUUACAGCGGACAGUUCAACAACAGUAAAUAUUGAUAUUGCAGUCUACAUACGUUGAAGAUACACACAACGACAAAGUCAAACGGAGUCCGUUGUUUUAGGGACCGCUGUUUUUGCAGUUGAGCUUCCAGCUGGUGCAGCUGGGUGACUUCACACCGACCUGAGUCAGGUGGAGGCGGAGCCACUUAAACCAGAAAUGUCGGAGAAGGUGCAGAAGGCCUUCAGGGUGCAGCUGUCCUCUGUCAUGGACUCCCUGCUCACAGCUGCCGUGUGUGAGAUUGCCAAGAUCUUUGAGGGCAGUCUGAAUGAGCAGCAGGAGGAGUUGACACAGAAAGGAGAUGAGAUCUCUGCAUUGAUGGAGAAGCUGAAGCGGGCAGAGAGGAGGUUGAAGGAGGGAGCAAAAGGAGUAGAGGACCCGGACAAUACCUCUGGACAAACAGUCUCUUCCGUGACGGCAAUUUCUGAGAUGGAAGUAUCCGAUUGGUGCGAGCCUCUUCAGUCAGAAGAUUCCUUAAUUCCGCCCUCAAAGAUAAAAAAGGAAAAUGAGUGGUCAUGUGUGGACCUGCGACCACUGAGUGUGUCUCUAUGGCGCAUCCCUAACAUCAAAAUAGAGCAGGCUGAAGAUUUUGAUAACCACCUGCUGACGGCCCUAGCCAGGAGUCCUCCACGAAAGGGGUUGGCUGCAGAGUGGUUGUUAAACAGACGGCUAAGAGACUUACCUGAACUGAGUGCGACCGGGUCAGGGUACAGUCAUGUUUCAGUGAGACGCGGUCGGGGCCAGGGGCUGAGGAAGACCCAUGGUCGUCUGCUGCGCAUGUUCGAACAAGAAAACCCGGAACCCCAGAGCAACCCGGAACCCGAGAGCAACAACAUAUCAAACAACAAUGUCUUAAGUCACCACACAAGACAAGGAAAAGAUAGUGACUUACAAAACAAACACAGUGAGGGGAGUCAUGGGAAAAUGAGUGACAUAGUGAAGAAGGUAGGAAGGAGAAGAAAGCAUUUCAAAAUGGAACCCGAUGCGGAUGGACAAGCGGUAAUCAGUGGAACUGAUAAGAGUUUCAGAUGCAAAUACUGUGGGAAGGGCUUUGGCCGUGAGUUUGGUCUUUCUGUGCACAUGAGGUCUCAUAAAAAGGUGAAAAUCAAGAGAACAUACAAAUGUCCUAAGUGUUCCAAAAAGUUUCAGUACCCACGUGCUCUUCGUGUGCACACGCGGGACAUCCACGAGAAGAGAAUACCUUGCUCCAGCGUCAAAGAAAUUUCAGACUCAGUCAAGCACAAUGUGAAACCCCUCUCCCCCAGCAGAGCCAAGCCUACUUCCUGUGACAACAAACCUCUCUCUGCCAGCAAGGCUAAACCUCUCUCCCCGAAAGACAAACCUGUGUCCCCAAACAAUAAACCUGACACACCCAAAGAAAGCGGCACACAUCCAAAAGUGUAUUCUUGUUACGUUUGCCAUAAGAAAUACACUUCUGCAUAUUCCCUGCGGGACCAUGGGCGUAUUCACACAGGUGAGAGGCCAUACCCUUGUAACCAGUGUGGACAGAGGUUCCGUGUAAAGCAGUUCCUGAUAUUACACUUGCGUAAAGCCCAUGUGGAUGUGUACGGGGGUGAGGAGAGCAACGGAGACCUCUCCUGGACUGCACCUAUUGAGGAACCCAUGGCAAACGGUGCAGAGCAGCAACCUGCCAUCAAGUCAAAAGGCAAAGAUGAUCAACGAGUAAACCUCAAACGGAAGCAAAUGACAGAAACAGACGGCCUGUUCCAAUGCACAGUGUGUAAAAUGCUGCUAAAUUCACAGAUUAGCCUCGUUCAACACUUCCGCAUCCAUACAGUUGAGAAACCACUGAGCUGCGGAGUGUGGCAAAACAUUCCACUACCAUCCCGUCUUGAUCAGCCACAGGAGGUCCACCCACCCGGGAAAGAAGUACUGGUGCCUGAAGUGUGUGAAGCAAUUAGAGAUAAUGGCAGAACUUAAGACAUUUGCAACAAGUUCACCAGUUCAAGAAACAACCCGCUGUCCUUGCUGUAGCGGGACUUUCCACAACAGUAAUUACCUUUUAGGAUCCACUAUGAAACUGUCCAUGCCUGAGUAUUCAGUAGGGCCGGGGGUCAACUCCAAUUACAUUCAGGAGAUACAUUUGUUACAUUUUUGUAAUCAUUGACUGAGGAAAAAGGAAUUGACCCCAACCCUGGUGCCCCGUGAACUAACAUGAUGCUGAGAGAGGAUGAAGAAAGAGAACUCAACUUGAUAUGGUGAUCAGUCAGUUGUCUUGUGGGCAGCAGGUUCUCAGCUGAUCACCUUUUUUUUUUUUUGUCCGUGCCAGACUGGUUUAUGACGAUUUUUAUUUUAAGUCUUGGGGGUUUUUGUUUGAUGUUUUCUGUUUUUGUUCCAUGUAAAUGUGUCUUGAUUUAUAUUCUGUAUUAUGACAAAUGUAACAUGAAUUGUACUGUAUAUUCCCCCUGUUAAGAAAGUCACAGGGCAGAGAAGACCCAUGUUUAUCUCUUCUGAUAAUAUACAUUUGCUCCAACCAUUUUUUUUUUUAAACAAAUAAAAUCGGACAUUACCGGAGGUUGGCAUCUUUUUAAUAAGGCAUUCAAAAUGCAUACUCCAAUUACGGUUUUCAAUGAUUAUCAAGAUUCUUAGUGACCUUUUUAUGAAUUACAAUGAUUUUUUUUAAAGUGGUGAUUUACUUUAGUUAAGUAGGCAAGUCAGUUAAGAACACAUUCUUAUUGACGGCCUGGCAAAAGGUCUAUGGGGAUGGAGGCUGGGGUUCAGAAUAAAAAUGAAUUCAAUAAUAAAUAUAGGACAAAACACACAUCACGGCAGGAGUGUCCACAGUGGACUUCAUCACCUUUUAGAGUAUAUCUUACAAUCAGGUUGAUUGUGUGGGCAAGACAUGGAUGAUGGGUCCAUUUGAAUAUUUCCAUGGCUUUGGUUAUGUUAGCUGCAUUGUUGCUAACACAACAGACCACUUUUCCAUCUACUUGCCAUUCUCUGACCACUCUCAACAGUUCUUCUGACAAGUUCUCUGAGGUGUGUCUGUCGCUGAACUCAAAGUAGUCCAGAAGACAGCUAGACAUCGAAAGAUCUUCAAUGAAGUGACAUGUAACCAACAUGUAAGAAGUGGUUGCCCUUGAUGUCAGUGGUAACGCAAACUGCAGUAGCUUUUUGGACUCUUUCCCACACUGAAGCCUGUGUGCUCUUGUACAGUUGUGGAAUAAGUGAUUUAAAAAGGGUUUCCUGCUUGGAAUUGUGUACAUUGGAUUUAGACUAUUGCUAUAAAUACUAAAACCUCUGUCCUCCACGAUCGAAAAUGGCUGGAAAUUGGUGAAAAUCAUUUUAGCCAAUGCAAUAUCAAUUUGGCCUUGUUUUUCUACAGACAUAGACUUUGGCAUAAACUGGUCCAUAGAAGCCUGCGUUGCUGUGGGUCGCGGAGUAGGACUACUUGACUGAGUGGAUACAUCUCCACGUGUGGAGGUGCUGGCUCCACCACUAUCACUAGCAGGCCCGCUAGUUUCUCGAAGCUCCGCUACAGCUAGCUUCACAGUUGAGUGCAUAGUUCGAAUAUGCCGGUGUAGCUUGUGAGUAGAACCAGCUUUAUAUGAGAUUUUGUUUUGGCAAAUUCUACACUGCUCUAACAUUGUCUACAUUAUUAAAAUGCAUCCAAA